ACUCUGCAGAAUGAAUUCGAACCCGGCUUCAGGGCCGACGGGGACUUUGUGAUCGGUGGUAUUUUCCCCUUUCAUUACAAUCAGGAGAUGCCAGAUUCAAAUUGUACCUACAAACCUGGACCGGUGAAGUGCAAUGGGUUUGAUCCCAGAGCUUUUCGCUGGGCUCUGAUUAUGAAACUGGCAGUGGAGGAAAUUAAUAACAGUAGUAUGCUGUUACCUAACCACACGCUCGGCUAUAAGAUAUUUGACUCCUGUGCGUACCCUCUAACGGGACAAAGAGCGGCUUUGGCCGUCAUGAACGGACUGAACGAGGCCGACAGACCGAUGUGUUCUAAUGCCAGUCCGAUGUUGGCCAUCAUUGGGGAAUCGGGCUCAGCUCAGUCUAUCGUGGUUUCUAGAAUUUUGCAACCGUUUAGGAUUCCAAUGAUCAGCUACUUCUCGUCCUGCGCCUGCCUGAGCAACAGACAAGAAUUUCCCACGUUCUUCAGGGUCAUACCCAGCGACGCCUACCAGGUAAAAGCCAUUGCCAAGCUGCUGCUGCACUUCAACUGGACGUGGAUCGGUGUGGUGAGGGGCGACCACGAGUACGGUCGAUCUGCCCUCCAAGGGCUGCUCGCUGAGCUCGAAGGUACAAACGUAUGUGUAGCCUACCAGGAAAUGAUUCCCUUGCUGUACGACACCCAAAGGGCCCUGGAGAUCAUGCGAGUGAUGAACGGCUCCAGCGCUCGGGUUGUGGUGGUGUUUUCGGCCGAGGGCGAGCUCACGCCCUUUCUGAGAGACUACAUGGAACAGAACAUGACAGCGAUUCAGUGGAUCGCCAGCGAGGCCUGGGUCACAGCUUCAGUGUUCACUGGAAGUAAGUUCUACCCCUACCUAGGUGGCACCAUAGGGUUUGCGAUACGGCAGGGUCACAUUCCAGGUCUGAGAGACUAUCUGACAAUGGUGAACCCACAGACAUACCCCGAUAACCCCCUGGUGCAUGAGCUGUGGGGUACUCUGUAUGGGUGCUCACCUAUCUCCUUCUUCAGUACCAGCUCUCACUUGCCCAUGUGUGAAGGGCAUGAGGUGCUCAGGAAUGAACACUCGGCCUACAUGAACACAUCCAGCCCUCGCAUUGGCUAUAAUGUCUAUAAGGGCGUGUACGCAAUAGCUAACUCACUGCAUAAUCUCAUCUCCUGCCAAGCUGGACAUGGGCCGUUUGUUAACUCCACAUGUGCUGAAAGCACUAAAAUCUACCCAUGGCAGCUCCAGCAUUACCUCCAAGAGGUCUCCUUUACCAUCUCAGGAGAGACGGUGAACUUUGACUCGAACGGUGAAACGAUCCCGUCCUACGACCUGAUCAACUGGCAGAAGGGCACGGCCGGGAACAUUGAGCUGGUUAAAGUAGGCAUGUAUGAUGGGGCUCUUGAGGCUGGCAGCGAGCUGGUCAUUUCCAACUUUGGAAUCACGUGGGCUGGAGACAAAAGCGAGGUGCCAGUAUCCAUUUGUAGUGUCGGCUGCACUCCAGGAUUUAGGAAGGCUGUCCGUCAGGGGGAGCCUGUGUGCUGCUUUGACUGUGUACCAUGUGACAGUGGCAAGAUUAGUAAUCAGACAGAUUCAAUAGACUGCAUGGACUGUCCUGAAGAUUACUGGUCCAAUGAUAAUGGAACAGCGUGUGUCCCAAAGAUUGUUGAGUUCCUUUCCCAUGAUGCCAUGGGUUUAACCCUGACGGUGAUUUCUGUAGUGGGGGCAUGCAUCACGUUAGCCGUGUUUGCAGUCUUCCUGUACUACAGAAACACCCCCAUAGUGCGCAUGAACAAUUCAGAGCUGAGUUUCCUAAUCCUGCUCUCGCUGACUCUUUGUUUCCUGUGUGCAUUGAUUUUCAUCGGUGAGCCCACGUCCUGGUCGUGCAUGCUGCGCCACACGGCGUUUAGCAUCACAUUCUCGCUCUGCAUCUCCUGCAUCCUCGGCAAAACCCUGGUGGUCCUGGCUGCCUUCACGGCCACCCAGCCCGGGAACAACUUGAUGAAAUGGCUGGGGCCGACGCAGCAGAGAAUCAUCAUCUUCAGCUGCACUCUGGUCCAGAUGAUCAUCUGUGCGACGUGGCUGAUAGCCUCUCCGCCGUUCCCCUACAGGAACACACAGUCUCAGCGCUCCAAAGUCAUUCUGGACUGCAGUGUGGGAUCAGACCUGGCGUUCUGGUGCGUUCUGGGCUACAUCGGCCUCUUGGCCUGCUUGUGCUUCCUUUUGGCGUUCCUAGCUCGGAAACUACCCGGGAAUUUCAACGAGGCGAAAUACAUCACCUUUAGCAUGUUGAUCUUUUGUGCCGUGUGGUUGGCGUUUGUGCCGGCCUACGUCAGCUCACCUGGUAAAUUCACCACCGCUGUUGAAAUAUUCGCCAUUUUAGCUUCUAGCUUCGGCCUCCUGAUGUGCUUGUUCGCGCCAAAGUGUUACAUAAUUCUACUAACACCAGAAAAAAAUACCAAGCAGCAUUUAAUGGGUAAAGCUACCAAAUAA